AUGAGUAUUCCUAUCUUUGGAGAUCAAGUUACCGAAGAGAGAGCAGAAAAUGCUCGUAUGAGUGCCUUUGUUGGUGCCAUCGCCGUUGGUGAUCUAGUGAAAACUACACUAGGUCCAAAAGGUAUGGAUAAGUUACUUCAAAGUGCAUCCAAUAGCUCGAGUUUGGUUACAAACGAUGGUGCUACCAUUCUAAAAUCUAUUCCUUUGGACAACCCUGCUGCCAAGGUGCUUGUUAACAUCAGUAAAGUGCAAGAUGAUGAAGUUGGUGACGGUACAACAAGUGUUACUGUUCUAAGUGCAGAAUUAUUGAGGGAAGCUGAAAAACUUGUUGAACAAGGCAGAAUUCACCCACAAACUAUCAUCGAGGGUUACAGAAUUGCUUCUGCUGCUGCCCUCUCUGCAUUGGAAAAGGCUGCUGUGGACAACUCCAAGAAUAAAGAAGAAUUUUACAAUGAUUUGAUCAGCAUCGCCAACACAACGCUAUCUUCUAAAAUUCUAUCUCAAGAUAAGGCUCACUUCUCUAAGUUGGCUACCGAUGCUAUCUUAAGAUUAAAGGGCUCUACGAACUUGGAACACAUUCAAAUUAUUAAGAUCAUUGGUGGUAAAUUAUCGGAUUCUUUCCUAGAUGAAGGUUUCAUUUUGCCAAAGAGAUUUGGUACCAACCAACCAAAACGUGUUGAAAAUGCGAAGAUUUUGAUUGCCAACACUUCUCUAGAUACAGACAAGGUUAAAAUCUUUGGUACCAAAUUUAAGGUCGACUCUACUUCCAAGUUAGCUGAACUAGAAAAAGCUGAGCGUGAAAAAAUGAAGAGAAAGAUAGAAAAGAUUGCACAAUUCAACAUUAAUACCUUUAUCAACAGACAAUUAAUCUAUGACUACCCUGAACAGAUGUUUACCGACAUGGGUAUCAACUCCAUCGAACAUGCUGACUUUGAAGGUGUUGAAAGAUUAGCACUUGUCACUGGCGGUGAGGUUGUUUCUACAUUUGACAACCCAGAAAAAUGUAAGCUAGGUGAAUGUAAGUUGAUCGAAGAAGUUAUAAUUGGUGAGGAAAUCUUUACUAAAUUUACCGGGUGCAAGUCUGGUGAAGCUUGUACCAUUGUUCUAAGGGGUGCCACUGAGCAAGUCUUGGAUGAAGCAGAAAGAUCUCUACAUGAUGCCCUAUCUGUUCUUUCCCAAACAACAAAGGAGACUAGAACCGUUCUUGGUGGUGGUUGUGCAGAAAUGAUAAUGUCUAAAGCAGUUGAUACUGCAGCUCAAAAUGUUGAGGGCAAGAAGGCCCUUGCUGUUGAAUCCUUUGCUAAGGCUUUGAGACAGUUACCAACUAUCCUUGCAGACAAUGCUGGUUUCGACAGCAGUGAACUAAUCACCAAACUCAGAUCCUCCAUCUACAACGGUAUGAGCACUUCAGGCUUAAACCUAGAUAACGGUACAAUUGCUGAUAUGAGAGAAUUAGGCAUUGUUGAAAGUUAUAAGUUGAAAAGAGCCGUAGUAACCUCUGCCAGUGAAGCAGCAGAAGUUUUGUUAAGAGUUGACAACAUCAUCAGAGCUAAGCCAAGAACUGCUGAUAGACAACAACAACAUAUGUAA